UACAACGUGCUGAUUAUAACCAAAGAGAUACCAGAAGCAAGCUAGCUGCGUGUACGUUCUGCGAGGUAUUGCAUGUGAAUUAUGUUCAUCAAAACAUCUUGUCUUCUUGAAACAUGCCGAGGUAUUCCCGACUAUUCGAUGAUGAUGACCCGUCUCUGAACACUGGGUAUAUAGGACAUGACGAUGGAACAAGCUGGGAGUCGGGAGGAAUCGGGAGCCUUGAAACUGAAGAUCUUUCCUUCGAACCAACAUCCAACGGUGGUGCGCUUCGAUUGACCUCCGUCAGCGAUGCCGAUUUAAACGAGAUAGAUGAGGAGCAAAGGAGGAAACAAAGUGGAUUCUGUCACUGGUACGCCAAAUUUCUCAACCGUUUCCCAGUCUUGUUCUGUGUGCUGCUAUUCGCUCUCACCGCUGGUGGGGGCGCUGCUGCAUUUGUUAAAUACGAUAUCCCAUCGUUCGAUGAUCCAUUGAAGGGAUUCGAAGCUCGACAAACAGACAUCAGUGACAGAUCCUCAGGACUCUUUCACUUUUACAAGACCAAGAACAACGACCACUUCUACACCUUGCCACGGCAAUCCAAACGCAGCUUGGGUGGACUUCAGGGCCCCCAUGGAACUUUGUCCUCAACGCCGUCAUCGACCCGUGGUUCCAGUCAUGAUGUAAAUAAUAUUCUUCAGUCCUCGACUCGGCCAUCGACCAGGCCAUCGACCAGGCCAUCGACCAGGCUAUCAACUCCAAUUAGCAAUUUAACCCAAGGUCAUCUUCAGGAUGGAAGUACAGACACCAAGUUCAGCACAGGCAGUACUGUCACUGACGGUCAAACUGUUACGGAUGGUGAAACUGUGACAAAUAGUGAAAGCGCUGUUGAUGGUGGAAGUGAGAGUUCUGUCGAUCCACGAAUCUAUCCAGAGGAUGGAACAAGUUGCAUGCAACCAGCUGAAUAUGCAUCGCACCAGGUACGUUUGGUCUUCUCUCGUGUUGACAACAUGCACUUAUUCAGUGCCGAAGCGAUGCGGUCCAUGUGCAGUUUGUACAGCAGUCUCUUCCUAAAGAACACCACUGAGAUUCCACCAAACCUACGAGAAUGUGAACCGGCAUCGCUUGGUCGCUAUGCAGCCUUCAUCGGGGGAAAGGAUUCGUGUUCAGGUAUCCAGGAUGACGACGUCAUGAAGCUACGAGAACUACUUCAGGAAUGUUCACCAUUCUUUGUCCUCAAUGUGCUGAGACCCAACUGCGGUAUUCAGGGAACCUGUCCCAAUGUCCCAUCAAACUGCACCAUGAAGAACGCUGUGUUCAAUAUCUUUCAAUACCUCUUGCCUAUAAAUUCUGCAGAACAGAUUGCUUGUGGGGAUUUCAGGACUGUCAGCCUGGCUUUGAUGGUGACCCCAUUCUACCUAUACAGUGCUUUGGGACAAGAUAUUUAUAAGAAUAACAUUAUGGGUCUGGACAUCGGUGACGGCAUUACAAAACUCUCUGCAGUAGGAGGAUACAAAUACGACUUGUUCUCUGAUUUCCUUAUUUCAAAUUGCAUGUACCUGGCUGUAGGGAUAGGACUGAUUCUUGUGAUCGUCUGGCUUUACACUGGGUCUCUCUUCGUGACCAUCAUGACGAUCCUCGAUAUGAUAAUGUCCUUGGUCUUUUCAUACUUCCUGUACACUGUUGUCUUUAAGAUGCCUUUCUUUCCCUUCAUGAAUGUCCUCGCUUUCGUCUUAGUCAUCGGUAUCGGGGCCGACGACGCCUUUGUUUACAUCGAUAUAUGGAAGAAGAUGAGGCAGCGACAUGAUGGAACCCCAGAGAAGAGGGUCUUGGUUCUUCAAGAUACGUUGCACCAUGCUGCCAUCACCAUGUUUGUAACCAGUUUCACCACAUCCACAGCACUCUUCUCAAGUAUCAUCAGCUCCAUCACAGCCCUACGUUGCUUGGCGGUGUAUGCAGGUUGCGCCAUACUCAUCAACUUUGUAUACACUGUCACUUGGCUCCCUGCAAUCGUCGUUAUAGAGGACAAGUAUUUGCAGUUCCGAAGAUGUCGCGAGAGAAUAACACCUUGCGAGUGUUACAUGAGGAUAAAGGAAAUGUCAAAAGUUUUGUCUGGAUUUAUUCGGUCUUUUUGGGAGACUACGUUACCAUUGGUAGUAUUCAAGCUCCGAUACCUGUGGAUUGUUUUCUUCACGCUACUUGGGGUGGGUGGAGCUUGCGCUAUAUUUGUCAAGCCAAAACUUCAGUUGCCAACCAAGAACGACUUCCAAGUUUUCAUAUCAAGUGAUUACAUGGAACAAUAUGACCAAAUCUACAAGAAGGACUUUCUGUUUGAGAAAGGAGAAGAGAAGUUGAUGCCCAUAUUUUUUGUUUGGGGAGUUGUACCGAACGACAAUGGAAACCCCUGGGACCCUGAUGACAAAGGUUCUAUAGUCUUUGACAGAUCUUUCAACCUAUCCAACAAAGAGUCCCAAGAGUGGCUUUUGGCGUUUUGUCACGAUAUACGUAACCAGACAUUUUACUCAAAAGCAAAUAAGGGAUCGGAUUUUUGUUUUAUAGAAAUUCUGAAAUCAGUAAUGGAGCAACCAUGUGAGAACCACUCUCUGCCAUUUAACCCUGAACCAUGCUGCAAUCAAACCAAAUUUCCAUAUGACCAAGGCCUCUUUGACCACUGCGCUCCUUUUUGGACAUCUACCUUGAAAUUCAGUGAUGGUGUACAUGUACGCUUUGGCGAAAAGAGUAAGUUGACAGGAUUACAAUUAUCAUUCACCAGCACAACUGCUGAUACCUUAGUGUAUGAAAAUGUCAACAAGUUCUGGUAUCAAAUUGAUGGUUGGGUGAAGGAGAAGAUGAAGACGGCACCUCCAGGAAUGGCUGGUGGCUGGUUCGGCAGUUACAGUGAGAACCAGAUGUUUUUCUUUGACCUACAAGAGAGUCUUGCCCGAGGAACAAAGAUGUCAAUAGGGCUGUCCCUGGGAAUGGCCACCACUGUUCUGUUAUUCACAACCAGGAACCUCCUCAUCACUCUCUUUGCCACCCUGUCUAUCGGCGGAACAGUCUUUGUCACCAUAGGCAGUCUGGUUCUCUUAGGCUGGGAGCUGAACAUUCUGGAAUCGACUGUAAUGAGUCUCGCGGUGGGACUCUCUGUUGACUUCACCAUCCACUACGGUGUGGCCUAUGGGCUCGCCCCGCACAAGGACCGCGUUUCUCGCUCCACGUUCGCAAUGGUUCAACUCACUUCUGCCAUAACCACCGCAGCGUUCUCUACAUUCAUCGCAGGAGCUGUUAUGCUGCCAUCUGUCGUACUCUGCUAUCAACAAAUCGGCAUAUUUCUAACUCUUGUAAUGACCGUGAGUUGGUUCUAUGCCAACUUCUUCUUCAUGCCUCUUUGCAGGGCGUUUGGACCUGAAGGCAAUUGCGCCCAGAUACCUGUGCCUUCCUGCAACUGCUGCACAUCAAACCAGAGUUGUAGACCUGAUCAAAGCUGUUGCUGCUGUACUGAUCGACAGGGUCAUAGCUUAAUAGAUGUGAGCCCAGCCGGUGACUUUGAUCUUGGAUUUGUUGCAGAUGCCUGACUCAGGUACUCUAAAGACAACGAUACUCCAUUUGUAUGUUUGUACAACGUACCUAUUUUUGUCUCAAGUUUACAUUCCUCUGCUUUUGCAUCACAAUAUGGCGAUAUAUUUGUGUGAUAAAGGACUUAAACUCAUAUUAUUACACAUACUUUAAAAUCCUCUUGGCUCUCAUGAUUAAACAUGAUAUGGGGUAAUUUGAAAGAAAGAAUAGAUAGCGCGAAUGGAUUCAAUAUAGAUUGAGGUUGAAUAAUGAUGUUA